AUGGAUUUCCCCCCAGAAAACGUUGAACACCCAGAACUAUGCUACAAGGGACUCGUGUAUGUGCCUGAAGGAGAGGAACCUCCAGAAGGGUUCGAAGAGUCACGUCGUGGCUUAGAUAUCGAGAAUUAUGAUUACGAGAAUGAUGAGAACCAUGAACUCUGCUGGUUUUGUGGGUGGACCUCCUACAAUCAAAGGACUUCUAACUAUGGGCCUCGAAUACGAUUUCUCCAGGACCGGGCAAACACUGGGAUGUGGGCUUUAGGAUCGCAGUUACUUCUUAAGGAUAUUCCAAACGAUGGCCACUCUCCCGGAAGCGAUUUUGUUACCCAACAAUUUCUACGAAACCAGCCUGGCCUGAGUAUCCCUCUACUUAAAAGAAUGGAGCUAUUAAACGAGCCUGGCGAUAAGACCUACCUCUUACUCAUGAGUCGAUCAAAAGGGAUACCCCUUGAGGCUAUGUGGCAUACCCUGUCGGACGAGAAAAAGAAUGAUCUCCGGGAACAGAUGUUUAUUUAUCUUCGAGAGCUUCGCCAAUUUACAUCUCCUAUUGCACAGACUGUUGACGGCAGGUUAAUCGACGACUGUAUCAUUGGCGCCUGUGGUAGGUCUCGACCGAACUGUAAGCAAAUAGGGAAUACGACAGAGGAGUGGCUCGAGAGUGUUAAAGAAGAGCUGUUAGUAGGACUAUCCAAGGUUCACGAGACAACAGACGCUAUAGUUAUUGAGAAAGAGUUCCAGAAACUUAAAGAUAACUUCCCGGAUUCGGAGCCAUACAUUCUAACCCAUGGAGAUUUGACACUUGGGAAUAUUAUGGUUGAUCCAGAACAUAAUAAGAUAACAGAAAUUAUCGACUGGGAGUAUGCUGGGUAUUAUCCAUGGUGGGCGGAAGUUUGGCUCAACGGCAACUUGGCACAGGACGGGAGUAUUGAGCUAUUAGAGCCACUUUGGGAGAGACUUUCACCAGAUAUGGAGACCCAGAGAUAUAGGGACUUAGUUUCCUGUAAGCUUGCUCCAGUAUUACGAGCUUGGGAACGAUGUAGAUUACAGCACCCGGGAAGUUGGACCUUUUGGUAUCGGCCAGCUUUCUCCAAGUGCGAACCCUAUGCAGGAAAGUUCCACAUGGCAAGCAUGGGAAGAGGCGAGAAAAAGCCUCAUGUAAUACUGGCGGAGCAAUAUGAUUAG